AUGUUUUCAUCUGAUGAGCAGUCAACCAUUGCCACCAUCUACUAUGGUCACCAUGCUAUUCACCACACCAAGCAGCCAUCACAUACUACCUUCACCCUAAAGGAAGCAUAUCUCAGAGAUCUAGAUGAAAAUGAACUUAAAGGGAACAAAAAUGGUUUGAAUAAGGUUUUUGAGUCCUCCACCUACAAACAUGAACAGAACUGGCAAGAUUUGAGUUUUUCUGUGCAGAUUUGGGCAUUUCUUUAUAGAUAUGCAACCAUGAGGCUUAAUGUUUCAAAGGUGGAGUUGUUAGAUGUGGUUCAAGUGAAGACUAUUAAUCUUGAAGACCCACAAGAUAAAAAGGAACUUUGGAAGAUAAGGAAAAAUGCUCUGUAUGCCUUCUUUGCAAUGUCACACGGUUUUGAAGUAAUGACAACAGAAGUUUCGACCGAGAUAAAAGUAUGGUUCUUUUUUAUUCUAAACAAACUUUUGGGGAUAAAAGGUCUGUUGUUCAACUCCUUUUGUUGCAGAAGGUUUUGGAGGUGGUGGUUCUUAAACCAGAAACAGUGCUCCCUGCCAGAUAGUUUUAGACUAUCUAAGCGAAGAUCGGGUAUAGAACUCGGAUUUGUUAAGAAGUCAUAUAUGGGCUUCUAA